AUGGCGAAUCGACUCGCGGCGUCCCUGAAGUUUCGGCGGACGGCGCAGCAUGUGAUGGAGGGCGUCCUCCCGCGCGCCAACCUAGGCGGAACUUCUGAUGGCGCCACCCCGGCAGGAGCAAGAAGCGUGAGUGCAGAGCAGGCGGCGGCAGCACCACGGACGAUCCUGGAGCGUGGGGAGCAGCGUGAAGACUCCCCCACUCUCCCCGACCACUCAUCCGCCCCUGUUCUCUCCGCCAAUUCCUCUCUUUCGUUGGCCACUUCCCCUGCCUCCGCCACCCUUCCACCUGCCGCCUCUGCUUCAGAACCUUCCUCGUGCACCACGUCUCCUUCGCACUCCCAUGACUACCCGGCCCUUCACAUCCGCUCCGCCCGCCCGUCACCACCAACCGACCCUCCCUCUUCCCCCUCCUCCCCUUCCUCCCCUUCCUCCCUCUCCUACCCCUCCUCCGCUUCCUACCCAUCCUCCCCCUCCUACCCGUCCUACCCCUCCUCCCCGCCAUCCUCAUCUUCCUCCCCAUCCUCCUCUUCAUCACCUUCGCCCCGCUCCCCCGCACCCCCGGCUGCCCACAUGCGCACGUCUCUGCCCCCGUCGCCCAAGGUCAGAAGACUGAGAGUGCAAAUGAGAGCAGCAGCAGCAGCAAGGCAGGCCAGCAAGCAGGGUGUGGGGGGCACGAGUGGUGGGAUUUUCUUUUGA